AAAGGGCGGGGGUUGGCUCCAGAGAGCAGGCUGUGGGGGCAGGGAGGCGGCGAUCCCAGCUGGGUUGGGACUUCCUUCCUUAACCGCAGGACAACAAAACAAUUGAACCUAAAGGCACCCAGCUUAGCAGCAGCUGUCUGGCCUAGAGAGAAGGGAGGCAAUGGGUUCAGCGCUGAGCAGUGACAGUGGCCGAGCAGCCCCGGCUACCAGAUCCACCCCGUCAGCCCUGCCUGCGAGAAGCGAAGUGGAGCUGCCUGUCACCUCCUUUGAUUGUUCUGUCUGCCUCGAAGUGCUACAUCAGCCCAUACGGACCCGCUGCGGCCACGUAUUCUGCCGUUCCUGUAUUUCUACAAGCUUAAGGAACAGCAAGUGGACAUGCCCUUAUUGCCGGGCUUAUCUUCCUUCAGAAGGAGUUCCUGCAACUGAUAUAAUGAAGAAAAUGAAAGCAGUAUACCAGAAUUGCACAGAGUGUAACACUCAGGUAUGUCUCAGUGAAAUGAGAGCUCAUAUAAAGACUUGUCAGAAGUAUAUAGAAAAUUAUGGACCUCUUCAAGAGCUUGGAGAAGUAGCAAGGUGUGCAUGUCCAUUUUGUGAGAAAGAGUUGGAUGAAUAUAGCUUGCUGAAUCACUGUCUCACUUAUCACAGAUCAGAAAGGAGGCCAGUGUUCUGUCCACUCUGUCAUUUUAUACCUAAUGGAGAUCCAAUCUACUCCAGUGACAGUUUGAUCCGGCACCUGCAAAUCAGACACACAAUGUUUUAUGAUGAAUUCAUUGACUUUAAUAUAUUAGAGGAAGCUCUUAUCCGAAGAGUUCUAGACCGAUCACUUUUAGAAUAUGUGAAUCAUUCAAACAGCACCUAAUUCUGCCAGGAGGAGGAAACGUUUUCUAUGGAUUCCUUUGCACAGUACAUUCAGAUGCUGCUUUGACAAUCAAAAGGGAAUCUUCGGCCUUCAAAAAAACAUACAGAUGUAACAAACCUUUAAAGUUUGUAUCUGUUAUUGUGCUUAAAUGGAAAUUUAAAAACCGCUAUCCCUUUGGUGAUUUAUAUAUACCAAUUCUCCUGUUGAGAUUUUCUGAUACUUAGUAGUAACAAUUUAUCAACCAGGAGGUUUAGGAUGGGUAGCAAUAGAGGGCAUGUUUGAGGAAAGAAUUCUUGUUGGGAAAAAAGACAGAUUGGGAGAGGGGGGAAGAGUGCCAUAGAUUAAUAAUAAACAACAAGACUGAUGAUGACAAACAUCAGGUUGCUUUAUAUUUAAAAAGAAAAAAGUAUGAAUCAACAAGUUGUUAUUUAAGAAAAACAUGGAAGUGGUUUCCAUUCCUAAUAUUUUAGUUUCUAAAUUAUUGUCAUUAAUACUUCAUUUUAAUGGAAAUGAGGAAAAAGAAUAUUGUAGCAGUUGAUAAUAUCCCUUUAACUAAGUUGUAUGCUGUUACUUAGUACUGUAACAAAUAAUGUAAUAGGAAUGUAUUCUUAAUGCUUUCAUAUUAAAAAUAUAUCUACCAUAAGCAGAAUAUUUUUCAAAUAUUGGCAGGAAAUUUUAAUUAUUAUUAAAGAUUUCUAUAAUGUAAAUAAGUUUCAAAAUAUUAUGGCCUGACAUUUUACAUGUAAAAAUAUCCUGUUUGACCACAGCAGUUUUGAUGUAAAGCCAUUUACGGUUGAUUUUCAACUAAAACUAUGAAGACAAUCCAUUCAGUUACUGAAGGUAAUGUUUUAUUCAUCUGAAUUUCAGUUCAGUAAUUCUAAUCAGAAAUGGACCCUCUACAAGGACUAUUUAUAAUAUGGAAACAAAGAAAGAACAAAGAACUAGCAUUUUUUUUAGAAUUCUGAUUACUAUUCUCCCAUCACUUCUAGAACCUAAUACAUAUUUGAAAAUUAUUAGAAGAAUUUGUAGGAACUAUGAAGAGUAAAAGGAUACUGAAUCAUUCAAAACUGGAUAAUUAGUUUAGCUCUAAUUAACUUAGAGAGCUUGGAGAUGAUCUUGUUCAAUUUCCAUUUUUUGCAAUAGGAAACAUACAGAAAAGUGAAAUAACCUGCCUAAGUUGUGCAGUUCCCAACUCCUAAUUUUAUUAUUAUACCACUCUAAGAAAGAAAAAAAUAUUAUGACUAUUUAAAUAUGCAAUCAGUAAAGUGGUAUUGUUAAAAACAGCAUUGGACCUUGGUAUAAGAAGGCAAGGCUUGGUGGGCCAGUCCUGUGUGCCCUUGGACUAAGUUAUUUUCUAAGCUUUAAGUUUUCACCUCCAAAAAGACAGCCCUAUAAGGUAAAUAAUAUAUGUAAGCUUAAAUAUAUUGUUUUAAAAUUGUCAGUGACAGUGACUUACAAGAUGAAAACAACCAAAAAGUGACAUUAGCUUCUAAAGCAACUUCUACUUGUUAACUCAAUACUCUUCUAGCUGCCCAAUGUGCAACCCAGAAGAGAAAAACUCUUUAUGUUCCUUUCAAGAAUCGAAUUACCUCACCCCUGUGUCAAAGCCUUCCUUGGGAUAAAUGAUCUCUGAAAUUAUGUCAACCCAGAUUAUGGUUGAACAUGAAUGUGAGUGAUAGAUACAAGGCUAGAAUUUCAGCUUCCUAGACCUUGUCUAAGUCUACAGUCACAUUGUUCUGAUAUUAAGUGAAGUUUACCAUCAUAAAUUCACGAGGCAAGUAAAAUUAUUGUUAUUGAAGUUAAUGAAAAGUUAAUGUAGUUUGUGUUCAUAAAGAUAGAGGUGCUAAAAUGUCUUAAGAGAUCCACGCUUGUUUCCUUCCUCAACAAAAUCUGUAAUUUUCAGAAUUUAAAAGCUAACAAUUAAUGAUUUUCUUUUGUAAAGAUUUAUUAUGAGAAACAAAGGAUGGCAGGACCAUUGCUUUUGUUUAAAAUGUCUGUUCAUAAAUGUCCUUCAAUAAACAGUCUUCCUAAACUUAA